CUGACGUCACGGUGGGCGGACGGUUGGCUCGAGGCGGUUCCCCGAUGCUCAGCGGCCCCCAGGUGCCGUUGUGGACGCAGAGACGGGGACGUGAGCGGCCAUUGAGGGCGGCCAGGUUGCCAGUGAGUACCUCCCCCCCCCAUUUGCUUGGUGUGCGGUCUGAACUAAGAUGGGCUGAGCUUGGGUGGAGGACCACAUGGCGGGGCACAACAAGGAGAAGCAUUAUGAGUGCGACUUGUGUGGCAAGGUCAUGCAGCACCCGUACCUGCUGGAGAACCACCGGCGGGUGCACACAGGAGAACGCCCCUUCGAUUGCUCGGAGUGCGACAAGAACUUCCCCCGCCACAAAACCCUGCUGCGGCACUACCGCCUGCACUCCGGCGAGAGGCCCUUCGGCUGCUCCACCUGCGGCAAGAGCUUCAAGUCGUCAUCGGUCCUGGAGGUUCACAGGCGCCUGCACACCGGAGAGCGGCCCUACGUCUGCAGCGACUGUGGCAAGAGCUACACCCGCUCCAACAACCUACAGCAGCACCAGCGCACCCACACCGGCAACCCCAGGCCCUUCAGCUGCUCCGACUGCGGCAAGGACUUUAAGAGGGCGUAUGACCUGAUGGUCCACCGGUGGGUGCACACAGACGAGAAGCCCUAUGGCUGCUCCACCUGUGGCAAGAGCUUUGCCCGGUUGUCGGGGCUACAACGGCACCGGGGGAUGCACAGCGAUGAGCGGCCCUUCACCUGCUCCGACUGCGGCAAAGGCUUCAAGUCGUCCUCGCAACUGAAGGUGCACAGGCGCCUGCACACAGGGGAGCGGCCAUACACCUGCAGCGAUUGCGGCAGGAGCUUCACCCGCUCCCAUCACCUGCGUGAGCACCAGCUCACCCACACUGGCGAGCGCCCCUACACCUGCGCCCAGUGCGGCAAGGGCUUCACCUGCUCCACCAAGCUGCUGUCCCACCAGCGGGUGCACGACGAUGACGACUGUCCCUUCCCCAGCCCAGUGUGUGAGGAGCACUUUGCCAUGGCCUCCCCCGCCCUGUCUCUGCAGCAUCAGCCUUACGACUGCCCGUACUGCGGUGAGGAGUUUGACAGCACGUGGGGGUUGCGGCAGCACCGGCGGGCCCACGAGCUGCUCCCACUGCAGAGAGCAUCUGAAGAGCGCACGGAGGCUGCGGGAGUACCAGCGGAUACACAGACCAUGAUGGAGAAGGUGAGGACAGACUCUACGGUGGCAGAAUAAAACUGGACCAUCAUUGCUUG